CAACUUGUCAGCCAGGUUCAUUUGCCUGCCUCCUGACUGAUCGCAAAAGCAGGUGUGCGUGUUGAUGCCGCGCUGCGUGCAGACUUAAUCUCUCCUGUUUUCUCCGACACUGAGGCAGACGGCUGUGAACGGGACUUGUAUUCCUUCCAUGACAUGACACGCGGAGGGUGCCUUCAGCAGAACUGUGGCUGAAAAUAAGAUGUAACCGCAAGCAAAGGCUGAUAUUUUGCAGUUUUGAUCACAUUGGACAAAGAGUGUUUACAGAGACGCUUGAGAAGCAAGAGGGAAAACUCGUGAGAUGGUUCGGUUAAUGCUGGUGUAAUGGAUUUGACUAAAAUGGGUGUGAUCCAUCUUCAAAAUCCCGGCCACCCCACAAGCCUCCUACAGAAGGCCAACCAGAUGCGCCUGUCCGGGACACUGUGUGACGUGGUGAUCGUGGUGGACAGCCAGGAGUUCCAUGCCCACAGGACUGUGCUGGCAUGCGUCAGCAAGAUGUUUGAGAUCCUUUUCCAUCGGAACAGCCAACACUACACUCUGGAUUUCCUCUCACCAAAGACGUUCCAGCAGAUAUUAGAGUAUGCCUACACUGCCACACUCCAGGCACGACUGGAAGACUUGGAUGACCUGCUGUAUGCUGCAGAGAUUUUGGAGAUAGAGUACUUGGAGGAGCAGUGUCUGAAGAUCUUGGAGACCAUUCAGUCAUCUGAGGAGAACGACGCAGACGUGAACAUGAGCGAGAAUGGCACAGAAGAUGACGACGAGCGUCGGAUGAAGUACCUGAAGAGCUCAAUCAUCUCCAAGAAGCAUUCGAUACAGGAAGGAGGCUACAGCUCUGCCGGCCGGCAUCGGCUGGCCCUGGUCAACAUGGUGGACAGGAAGCCUUCCGUGUCCACGCCAUUUGGCCUUCCUGUCACCCGGCCCGCGCAGGACACUGUGGAGAGUCUGGGGAAUAUUGGUCAUUCUCUCCUGGACAGCUCCGUGAAGCAGAGUCUUCCUGCGCCUCCAGGCAGUUCCUCUCCGCUGUUGGACAAGAUCAAGAUGGAGACGAUGCAGGUGGACGAGGACUGCAGCCAUGAAGUUCGCGCCUCCCGAAACGGGGAAGGGGCGGGUGAGUCCAAGCAGCUCCGGCCCACCCCAGGAACACCCACCAGGGGCAGCGUCAUCACCAGCGCCCGGGAGCUGCACUCCGCCGACAGCACCCCCGACCUGCACGGGGAUGGCGGGCCGGCGGGGCCGGCGGGUGCCCCCGGCCUGGUGGAGCACCACCUGGCCUCGCUCUACCCCAUGCCAGCGAACCACAAGAGCGAGGGAGCGCCACCGGCAGGCACGGUGGUACCGGCCUCGCUGCCUGUGCCGCCCGCCCUGGCCGCGUCGGCCGACCUCAGCGCCUACGGGGGGCUCUUCCACCAUGGCUUCAUCCAGAGGGAGUUCUUCGGCAGGCUGACGGACUGCGGCGCCGGAGGGAAGCGGCAGCUCUGCGCCUCCAGGGAGCGGUGUGGAGUGUGCGACCUGGAGCUUCCCGACGGUGAGGCGGCCGAGGAACACAGGAGGCUUCACAGCAACAUGAAGACGUUCGGCUGUGAGUUCUGUGGAAAGCAGUUCCUGGACAGUUUACGGCUGCGGAUGCACCUGCUGUCUCACACAGCUGGACCGAAAGCACUGGUGUGCGACCAGUGUGGAGCGCAGUUCUCCAAGGAGGACGCUCUGGACACCCACCGGCACACGCACACAGGCUCAGACAUGGCAGUCUUCUGUCUACUGUGCGGGAAGCGCUUCCAGACCCAGAAGGCACUGCAGCAGCACAUGGAGGUCCACGCGGGUGUGCGCAGCUACAUCUGCAGCGAGUGCGACCGCACCUUCCCCAGUCAUACGGCUCUGAAGCGCCACCUCCGCUCGCACACAGGCGAUCACCCGUUCGAGUGCGAGUUCUGCGGGAGCUGCUUCAGGGAUGAGAGCACGCUGAAGAGCCACAAACGCAUUCACACGGGGGAGAAGCCAUACGAGUGCAACGGCUGCGGCAAGAAGUUCAGCCUCAAGCACCAGCUGGAGACCCACUACCGUGUACACACAGGUGAGAAGCCGUUCGAGUGUAAGCUGUGCCACCAGCGCUCGCGGGACUACUCGGCCAUGAUCAAGCACCUGCGCACGCACAACGGCGCCUCGCCCUACCAGUGCACUAUUUGCCAGGAGUACUGCCCCAGCCUGUCGGCCAUGCAGAAGCACAUGAAAGCCCACCGGCCCGAGGACGUCCCCCCGGACUGGAGGAUAGAGAAGACCUACCUGUACCUGUGCUAUGUAUGAGGACAGCUGAAGGCCUCUACGGGGGGACGGCCCCGCUGAGAACCUGGGCCAAAGAAAGACAGGGAAUGUGGCGGAAGAUGUGUUGCGUAUGUGUGAUUUGAUAUGCACAUGUUAAAAUUCAUCUCCAGGGAUGUUCCUCUCUCUUGCAUUGGCAAAUGGAAUUGUGGGGCUUAAAUUGCAUUAAGUGGACUUUUAUUGGAAGUACAAGAUUUGGGAUGAUAAAGGGAUGAUGGUUUAUAGCACAUCUGCUUCCUACUAACAAGACAAAAAGACCUCAACUCUCUUCAUUCCACCUGUUCUACUGAAAAACACGUCUAGUAUCUUUGCACUUCAUCUGGUUCUUAUUAGUAAUAUCAAAUAACUUUUCUUUUUUUAAUUCGCAAGACUUGUUAGCAAACUGUUGAAUAAUUAUACCAUCCAACUACACAAGUCAGUAAUAAUUGUUUAUUCAAGCCAAACUCGCAGUAGAAGCAGAUAAACGAGUGAAAGGGCACCAAAAUUAGGAUGUUUUUGUUUUGUUUUUUUUAACGAUUACAAUUUUUAUCAAAUUGAAAAAAGGCAAAAGUUCAGACUUAUUACAAAACUCACUUGAGUGUGGAAAGCACUUAGACGAGGUCAUUUCAUCCCAGGUAAACUCAGAUUCUCAAAUGAUGCUGCAUUAUGCUAACAAAAUGUCACGGAUGUUCAGGGACGCUGAAUGGAAGUAUUCAAACAUUAGAGGAUGGACACUGUGCACUUUGGUAAUUGAGCUGACGUCACAACCACGAUGUACUCUAGACGAACAUGCCGGGGCACGAGGGUUUGCUUCGCCAUUUUCCGCCAAUCGAAAUGCAGCGUAACAGAACUAUUCUUCAGCUGCAGUCCUUCUCAAGGUCAGAUGUUGUAAUAUACUGACAUGGUACCAGUGGAUUAAGUCUCCCUUUUUGAGCUGUACUAGAUCACAAUUAUGUUCAUCGUCCUGGCAAUCCUCUGCUCAUGUCAUACAUAGAUUAAUUUAUGAACUUGAUUAACUGUAUUACAUGGUAUGUAGAUGUCAUGUUCGGGUAUCCUUUAAUUAAAUAUUCAGUACACUGAGUUUUAAAGGAAAGAUAUAAGACAUUAAUUGGAGAGAUUAAAGUAAUAUACAAAGGAAAUUCAAAGAAAAAAAAGAUUAAAAGGAGAUUAUUUUUCAUAGUUUCAAAGCCUGUUACUUGAAUUACCUCAUUAUCUCUCCUGCUUGGUUAUUUCUGUGGUGUCGCUCAUCCCUCUCUGUCUCUUAUUCUACUGAGCUGUGUUCAUAGCGGGGUUGAUGCAGGGGCUGGGGGCAGGUGCUCCUUCUCCAUGAUCGUGGCCUCCACGUGCUCGCUGGGGCGUGCUGCCAAGUUCCGCCCUGCUCGCUGAACUUCCCUCAGGAGGAGUUUUUCUUGCCCUCUGUCUCCCUGCUGCCUCUUCACUGCUCGCACAAAAGCAAAAGCCCCUUCUGUUGCGUUUGUAAUUUGCAUUUUCAUCCAGUCUAAUCCUUCUCUUAAUUCUCAGAGAUCUUGAUUUUUACUUGACAAGCCAUCAAACUUACACUCCUCGUCUGAUUGAACUGUUUUAUGGCUUUGAAAUAGAUUGAAUAUCCUGAUUGGCUGGUAAGAGAAAAUGUAAGGUUAACGAGAUAAAGAAUAAACCUGAGCAAAGUGAAAAGAAGCGGCAUCUUUUUAUGUGAAAAAGAGAACAGUGGCAUUCAGCUACAUGCGUACAAUGUGAGGAGAGUUACGUUUGGAGAAAAAUAAUACGAGACAGAUGCAUUUCUGUCAAGCAAAAAUUCAUCUUCACUUUAAGACAAGAGCCAAACGUGGCACUUUGAUAAGUAAAAAAAUAAAUAAAUUGUUGUAUUUUUGUAUGCUGUAAUGUGCGGUCCCUGUCUGUUUCUAUUCGAGUGAGUCCAGUUCUACUACGGUACCUUUGACAUGGUGUUUGUUAUGAACUUUGAGUAGCAUUAUUUUUCUUGUGCCUAUUUUAUGAUGUUGACGAUGUUUGAUAGUAGGUGUUUGUAAAACUCAUAUUGUGGUCCCUGCUGCUGGGUGUGUGUUCUUUGUUGAUGGUGAUUUCACAUUUAUGAGUGUGAGCUGAUAGGGAUAAACUCAUGCCAGGAACCAUAGGCCUACAAAAGUCCAGCACCACAGAACCACAACAUCUCACAAUAGACGAGAUCUUUCUGUGUCCUAGUGUUGUGUUCACCAUGUUCAGACUGUGAGAUCCGAUUCGCCUACACAGUUGUAUGCAGGUCCUUGUGUGCGUGCACUGUGAGUCAAAAGAGUUAUUGUGGUAAAGUUUUUCAGUGUUUAAAUGCACUACUUAUGGGGGGGGGGGAACACGUCCACAGAAAGGCUUUGAUGCAUCUUUCACCCUCGGAGGCAAACCUAUUGGUUUUGAUUGACCAUUAAAAGUAUUACUUGUGUCUGAAGACUGCUGAGGUUGAGCAGCUAGGAACUGCAGCUGUGAGACUGACCAUGCUCUGGGACAGGUAGGGACCCCCCUGCUCCCAUUAGCGCACGAGCACAUUGCAGAUGUACGGUGACGUCUGGCAAAACCAUCCACGCCAUGUUUACACUGCACAUUGUGAGAUUAUUUUUUGUGUCCUUAUGCUAAUUAUCUCCUUCAGACCAUUACUGUCAGAUGACACUGUGCAAGGAUGGGUCUGUCGUACCACAAUCGUUGUAGCAUUCUGGACAGCCAGAAGUACCUGAGGGCCUCCGUGUGUCCAUGACUUUUAUUUUGCUUCAUCUAGGAAGUAGCCAAUUCCUCAGUGCUCCUUCUGUGCCAUUGUGAUACAAUUUAAGAACUCAAGCACUGAGCAUUCACAUGGGACCAAAUGGGUUUCUUUUUUUUAGUCCAUUUUUCAAUCCAUUUUCUUUUUUCCCUUUUCCCCCUUUUUGUGAAGGCACAGCAUCCUCAUUGGGAGCAGUUUUACACGUGUCGUCUUUUAUUUUAUUGUACUGUCUACCUCAGCACCAGAACUUUACGCAGACCCUGGAAGGUGCCCGAUUUCAGUUGACUUUUGUUUGUUGUUUUCUCUUUUGUGCAUAUAUGUGUUUUGUAUGUUAGCAUUCAGAGGUUCUUAGUUGUACAUUUUUUUUUUUUAAUUUUCAGCAUAAAUUUGAUAUGCUGUUCUGUUGCACUGUGUGGUGACGCUGAUGCUACCAAUUGAGGUUUUUUUUCCUUUCUUCUCCUCUGUGUGGGCUCAAACACGGCUGUGUGUAGCUCGUAGUGUUCUCUGUAGUGUCAAAAAAAAACCCCACAAAAAACCCAAUAAAGAUUUAAAAGAGAA